AUGAUGAAUUAUUCACCUUUAAGAUAAAAGGGAUCAUAUAAUGUUGGAUAAUCUAGGAUGUCCUAAGAUGCAUAGCCCAACCUAAAACAGCAGAACGCAUUCACGAAUUAACAGCAAUUAAACACUUCUUAACAUUAAAAAAUUUAGUCCUAAACCUUGUAGGUAAACACCACUACUCAAUAACAAAAUGUAGUUUCUUAAUAGUCCUUCCAAUCUAUUAGAUCAGUUAGAGUCAAUUAAGUGUCUACGAGAUCCAUUCAUUAAUAAUCUGAAGCACAAGUAUCUACAACCAAUGUGAUUGUACCUGCUCAAUAACAGCCUCUGCAAUAAUCCUAAUAAAUUAGACGCGAGGGUCCAAGAUCAUUAAGAAAUUAUAUCACUUCAUCUCCUCAAGGCCCCUUAUCCCAUAAAUCCAACAAGAGCUUUUCACUCUCAAGACCUGCAUUUGUAGAGUAUUACCCUCCAGUGUAUAUGCCUCAUGUUGAACCAAUCUACAAACAAACAAUCAUUGAAAAUCCAAUUAAAGUAGUCGACUUAGUAAGGUUCGAAGAAAUGUGGAGUAAAAGAAUGAGAGGAAUAGAGGAAAUGCUUGAGACCAAAAACUAAGUAAUUGUUUAGUCUGAGAACUUUGAAUUAAGAGCAUAAAACAAUCCUGAUAGUUAGACAAUUAUAGAUUUAUAAAAUGAACUUUUUAGAGUGAAAACUUAAUUGGAAGAAAGGGAAAGAUAAAUUUAAUUAAUGAAGUAGCAAUUGUAAAAUGCCCGAGAUCAAAUAGAAUUUGAAAGCAAACAAAAUAGAAGUGCUUCCAACAUAUUGACUUCAGAAUUGAACAUCAAAAUUACAAAUUUGCAAUAAACUAUUUCUAAUUUAUAAAUAGAUUUGAAGUCAGUCUAAGAAAUGGCAGAAAAGUAUAAAUUGGAAAACUUUUAAUUAAAAGCUGAACUUCAAUAGAAUUCAUCUAUGUUGAAUGGAAAAGAUGAAAUCAUAAUGAAAUUAAAAUAAUAAUUAAAAUCCUCUCUUGAUUAAUAUAAUUUAGAUGCUUAAUCUGGAAAGAACGUUUCCUAGUAAAUUAUAAAUGAGUUACAAUUUAAGUUGAACUCCCUUUAGUAGACAAUUACCAGCUAAUAAUUGAAUCUAAAUUCAAAGGAUGAUUUAAUCGAGAAGUUGAGAAUGGAAAUCAAUUAGCUUAGAUAAGAGAGAUAGCAUAUGCAAGAUUUAUGCAAUUAAAAAGAUGAUACAAUAUCAAAAUUGCAAAUGGAAUUAAAUGAACUUUAUUAACAAGUGGAUUAAUUGACUGAGGAGAUCACAACAACUCAAUCAGUCAAGACCUAUGAGGAGGAAGCUAAAAUAUGGAAAUAAAAGUUCAAGGAGUUAAAUGAUACAUAUCAUGCAUGUUAAGAAAAAUUAAUGGUCAAAGAAGCAGAAUAUGAAUCAUUGUCUAAAUAACAUAGUCAACAGAAAAUCGUUACUUCAACUACUGUUAUCAAGUAAAACAGUUCUCGUAAUGUCUUAAAUAAUUCCGAAUAUACACAAAGCAGUUUUACAUAAAACAAUUUUACGUAAAAUGAAUUCGAUAAAUUGUAAACCCUUCAAAAACCACUUAUGAUGUGAUAUUUAAUAGUGUUAACAUAUAUGUUAUAUUUAUAAAUUGUAUAGAAAAA